UUAAAUCUCCCAGGCUCCUCCCACAUGCAGUCCCGUUUGUUUGGCAACAAGAGCAACUCGUUUGUGCAGUUGCCGUAGUUAACCCGAUAUUGAUUUUGAUUUCUGGGAAAACAAACAGAGCGCUUUUAAAUCCAGCGCAAACUGAACGCUGGUCCUUUUUCUUUCUGUCAGCGCUCAGGAGUCAAAAUGAGGGUCGGAGUCCGUUGCUGUCCUCUAAUCCUCUGCCUGGCCCUGGUCUCGGUGUUCGGGCUGGGCGAAGACCUCGACCGGCCUCUGUUCGGGCCUCCCGGCUCUCCUAUCCGGCUUCAUGAGUCCGACCCGGACCUUAAGAAGGUUCUGGGUUUCGCGGAGGAGCGAUACAACCGGGGCUCCAACGCUAUGCACCUCCGCCGAGUCAGCCGGUUCGUCUCUGCCACUAAACAGGUUAUCGGUCCAACCUCAGAACAGCCCAACAUGCUGGAGGCUCAAUCCACCAUCCAGCCCUCAGAGGAGUCCGUGGAGCUGCUGGGCCAGUUUAAAGAGUUCAUGGUUAGAUACAAUAAGGUGUACAGCAGUCAGGAAGAGGCUGACAUGCGCCUACAGAUCUUUCACGAGAACCUGAAAACGGCUGAGAAGCUCCAGUCUUUGGAUCAAGGUUCGGCUGAGUACGGCGUUACCAAGUUCAGCGACCUAACUGAGGAGGAGUUUCGUUCCACGUACCUGAACCCGCUUCUCAGUCAGUGGACUCUUCAUCGUCCAAUGAAACCUGCCCCCACCGCCAAAGGCCCUGCCCCCGGCAGCUGGGACUGGAGGGAUCACGGAGCCGUUAGUCCCGUGAAGAACCAGGGCAUGUGUGGAUCUUGCUGGGCGUUUUCUGUCACAGGAAACAUCGAGGGCCAGUGGUUCCUGAAAAAUGGGACUUUGCUGUCACUGUCAGAACAGGAGCUGGUUGACUGUGAUGGAGUGGACCAGGCAUGCAGAGGUGGACUGCCGUCAAACGCUUAUGAAGCUAUUGAAAAGCUGGGUGGCCUGGAGACAGAAACGGAUUACUCCUACAAAGGACACAAGCAGACGUGUGAUUUCACCGACAGGAAGGUGGCUGCCUACAUCAACAGCUCACUGGAGAUUUCCAAAGACGAAAAAGAAAUUGCCGCUUGGUUGGCAGAGAAAGGACCAAUCUCUGUCGCUCUCAAUGCCUUUGCAAUGCAGUUCUACAGAAAGGGUGUUAGUCACCCAAUGAAGAUCUUCUGCAAUCCGUGGAUGAUCGACCACGCUGUGCUGCUGGUGGGAUAUGGUGAACGAAAUGGCAUCCCAUUCUGGGCCAUCAAGAACAGCUGGGGGGAGGACUACGGAGAGGAGGGUUACUACUACCUUUACAGGGGGUCCAAUGCAUGUGGAAUCAACAAGAUGUGCUCUUCAGCUGUUGUCAACUAAUCUUCAUGCUGUCUGUGUUGUACCAGCCGCCUGGUACAACUACGUCAGCUCACGAAAAGCACAGGAACAAACUGCAUGAGGAUCCAAGUGAAGGCACUUCCAAGCUCUAACAACGUUCCGUUAAACCGUUUGCUGUAUUCUAACGUCAUACCUCCCGCCUCAUGUCAGCCUACUCUGUCACACCAGCUCUACUGACGUUAGCUUUGAUGUUACUGUGAAAUAUUGCUGUAAAUUGAAACUGCAUUUUGUUUGCACGUUACUCCGUUGUUUCAGCAGAGGCAGUGUUGUUUGUAACUCAUCUCUACUAGCAAUAAACGUGCUUGUGCUCGAGGUAUUGUGAAACUUAGACCAUGUCUACUCAGUGUUUUUUUUUUUAAGUUCUUUUAUUAAUUGUUGUAUUAAUUGAGAUUUGUUUCCAAGGAAAGGUUUGCACAGGACUAUUAAACUGUAAUAACAACUGCAGUGAGAGUGAAAAAAAAAGAUGUUUGAAUAAAAUGUGGGAAUUAAAAAAAAA